AGAUAGAUAAGAUAGGAGUCUUGAGAACCACACACGGGAAAGAAAAAAUGCUCUACAUUUUCAUCUUCUUCCAACUCCUCUUCUCAUCCUCCACACGUGCAGCUGAUUUCUGUGUGGGAGACCUCAUGGGCCCAGAAAGCCCAGCAGGCUAUUCAUGCAAGAAGCCCGCCAAUGUCACCGUUGAUGAUUUCGUGUUCUCCGGCCUCGGCAAGGCCGGAAACACAUCCAAUAUAAUCAAGGCGGCCGUGACGCCUGCAUUCGUGGCCCAGUUCCCAGGCGUAAAUGGUCUUGGGAUCUCGAUGGCCCGAUUGGACCUUGCGCCAGAUGGUGUGGUCCCACUCCACACCCACCCGGGCGGGUCCGAAAUCCUGGUGGUCGUCCAGGGGACGAUAUGCGCCGGGUUCAUCUCAUCGUCAGCGAACAUGGUCUACUUAAAGACACUAAAGAAGGGGGAUGUCAUGGUAUUCCCACAAGGGCUGUUGCAUUUUCAAUUGAACGGUGGAGGGAUCCCAGCCAUUGCUUUCGUUAGCUUCAGUAGCCCAAGCCCAGGCCUGCAGAUCACUGCGUUUGCGCUGUUUGGGAACGAUCUGCCAUCCAUCCUCGUCGAGAAGACCACCUUCCUUGAUGAUGCUCAGGUGAAGAAGCUGAAAGCUGUGCUUGGUGGCACUGGCUAAGUUAAAAUGGGAUUUGUUUCGAUUGCGUUUUUUCGGGCUUGCAUUUUCUCUGUGUUUGGGCCCAUGACUUUUCUAAGUCUCCAAAACCAUAGUUUUGUUGCUUUGGAAUGGUUGAAGAUUGUGAUUUGAAUGUAUGGAUUGUUGAAUUACAAAAUA